AGAGAAUUUUGGCGGCAGAAAGUCCCAAUUGCUUUUCUAGAUUUUUGCGAAAGAUCGGCCUCGACCUCCCCAAUCAAUUUGCUCACUGCUCACAAUUUCUCAGUGCGAGGGUCAUCGAUCUCAACAAUCAUGAAGCUGUCUCCCGUCGUUCUGCACGCCUUGGCCCUCUUUGCCACCAAUGUGGCUGCUUUGGCUGAGAUCAAUGAUGAACUUGCCGCGAAUCUAAAGGAGGAGAGGGACGCAAAGGAGUUCAUUUUCAAUGAAGUGUUUAAUGAUCGCAUCUGGAAUGCUGCGACGAAAUCCAAGAAAGUUAAGGAAGGCGAGAUUCCCGAGCCACCCUUUGUGGACGAGCCAAUUGACGUCCCGGAGCAACCCUUGAUGCCUGAAAAGUUUUCCUUUACAGGUCUGUUCACCAGUGCCUUCGCCAGCGAUGCAAUCUAUGACUCGCAGCCUCUCUGGUACUCCAUGGCCGUGGAUGGCUUUGACGGCUCCAUCACGGGAGAUGGCACGACGCUCUAUUUCCAGUUGGAUGAUUUCAUUUGUGAUGCCAAUGCGACAGAGUCCCAUUCUUUCAUGGUUGGUACUUUCCAAACAUUUGACGGUCAGGGUGACACUCCCGUGCCUCAAGAAAUUUGCUGGGCUGCUCCCCCGGGAUUUCAAAUCAAUGAAGGGUAUCCACCCCGCUACAAGUCUUUGGUGUCGUCUUGGCUAAUUGGAGAUCUUUUCAAUAUCACGUGGCAGUACGGAGGUAUUACCCCCAGUGAUGCUGGCCCAGUUCAUCUCUGGAUCCGUGAGACAUUGAGUGAAGCUACAAACUUUGGUGCUACCGCAGCCUCUACUGUGCUUGCAAACACGGUCAAGGAUGGCACCAUUAUCUACUACCAGACUCGACUUUCAACAGAAGUUGCAGGCAUUAGUUCCGUUGAGGAAAUAUUGUUCUCUGGAGCAGAUGCUACAAUCAAAAUUGACAUCUAUGACUUCCAGAGAUAUUCUGAGGAUGAAGACGUUCCAAACGCAAAGCUUGAGCCUGAGGUUGAGGAAACCUGUUCAAUCAUGCAAGCAGGAUACAAUACUGGUCAGUGUGCCGGCAAUGCAAGCAGUGCUUCCUUCAAUGCAGCGGUCGCAGCCUUUGUAGAGAACGUGAAUGCUCGAGGUACAGGUUAUAGGGAAGAUGCAGAAAGUGGUUAUCCAUCCUCAUACGUCCCCUAUGAAAUGGUGGGUGACCAGGAUAUGGUCUUGAGUCUUGAUUUCUUUGUACCUCCCAUGAACAACCGCUCCUACAUGCCAGUCCGAAACCAGGGUGGCUGCGGCUCCUGCUACAGCUUUGCUGCUGCAGAAGUGAUCAGUUCUUCAUUCGCUCAAGCCAAUCCUGGAACCACAUUUGUCUUUUCAAACCAGCACGUCAUGGACUGCCUUCCGCUAGCUGCUGAACCAGUUAGCGAGACUGAGUUCAUAUAUGUGGAUUCAGGCCUUGGGUGCUGGGGUGGCGAUCAAAAACAAGUAAUUGACUGGCUUGUGGCCACAGGAUCCAAUAUGCCUUUGCUUACUACCGUGCCUUACAUUGGCUUCUCUGGCACGUGCAACGAGACUGUCGACAUGUAUCACACCGGCAUCACCGGCUAUUCAAACUUGUCGUCUGUUGAGGAGAUGAAAAACGCACUGUACUAUCACGGAGAUGUAUCCAUUUCGUUGAGCGUCGGGUUUGGAUGGUAUUCUGAUUUCACGAGUCUAGUUUCUUGGCCUUUCUUCCUAGGGCAGGGAAUUUCUGGCGAACCAGAACCUGCCAAUCACGCAAUUACUGUCAUUGGCUGGGGUCCAUGCCUUGUUCCCUUGGGUGACUUCGAGAAUCCUUGCGGUAUCCCCGGAGAAUCUCCAAAUGUGCUUGGCGAGUGCUGGAUUGUGCAGAACAGUUGGGGGACGGACUGGGGCUACCAGGGCUACCUGUUCGUCAACACCGACCCCUACUGUGAUACUGGAGUCUUGUACAACGACCCAAUUAUUCCCCGCAGGGACUAGCCAGCCAGUGGAAGCUAGGUUCUUCCAAGUUGGAGAAAGAACCGAGGCUACUUAACCCUUCUAGUAGUGUGCAUGGCCAUCACCAUGCAGAAACCAAAAUUUCAACAGCCAAAACUUGUUCGAGUUGCCUCGAUAUAUGGCAUGUGGCGCUGCAGCAUGAUAAUUAUAUGUUUGUGUUUAGACUGAUGCCGUCAGAUACCUUAGUAUAGAAUUGCAUUCGUUUUGG